GAGGUCUCCCCAGAGCGCAGAGCGGCCUGCGGACCUUUCUCAGGGCUGUGCUCGGCCCCAGUCUUGUUGGCGAAGGGGGCUGUUCCCUUUUUCCCUCCCUGCCUGCCCCCAGCGGAGAAAGAGAGCCGAGCGAAGGAGAAACUGCAGGCUGCCGGACGGGGCCAAGCCGGGAGAUUGUUGGUGCGCGGAGACAGCGCGCUGGCCAAAGGCGGGCACCGGUUCCUCCUCCUCCUCGCACCGUCAAGCGCCAGGGGAAACUUGCCUGCGUGCAGCCUGCAGGAAGCUGUCACAGGGACCACCGACGGCAGCGAGGCGGAAAUAUGCUUUGAAAGGAUAUCAAAGAUGCCAUGGCCUGUCUUACAAUAACAGAGAUGGAAGGACCGACAUCACCUGCUGUUCAUCAGAAUGGAGCAUCAGCAGGGCCAGCCCUUCACAGCCGAGGAGAAAGCGCUGCUUGAGGGUUUUAUGUUUAUUAUUCCCAGGGAAAGUGGAAGGCGAUUAUCUGCAGUUUCCAGCUGGACAAUAUGUUGCGGAAGAGCUCUGUAUGGCUGCCUGUAAGGCUUGUGGAAUCUUGCCAGUCUACCAUAACAUGUUUGCAUUAAUGAACCAGGCAGAUAGAUGUUGGUAUCCUCCAAACCAUACUUUCCAAACAGAGGGAUCAGCUAGUGACACCGUACUGUACCGAUUAAGGUAUUAUUUCCCUCACUGGUAUUCUAAUGGCAGUACACAAGCAUAUCGGUAUGGUGUUUCUCGGGGCACAGAGAGUCCUAUUCUUGAUGAUGUAGUCAUGUCUUAUUUGUUUGCCCAGUGGCGAGAAGACUUUGUCCAUGGAUGGGUAAGGAUGUCUGUUUCUCAUGAGACACAAGAAGAGUGUCUUGGCAUGGCUGUUCUAGAUAUGAUGAGAAUGGCUAAAGAAAAGGACCAAACUCCAUUGGCGAUCUACAAUUCUGUCAGCUACAAAAUGUUUUUGCCCAAAUGUAUCAGAGAAAAAAUCCAAGACUAUCACAUUCUAACACGAAAAAGAAUAAGGUAUAGGUUUCGCAAGUUUAUCCAGCAGUUCAGCCAAUGCAAAGCAACUGCCAGAAAUUUGAAACUGAAGUACCUUAUCAAUCUGGAAACUCUCCAGUCUGCCUUCUACUCCGAAGUGUUUGAAGUAAAGGAGCCUGGCAGAGAGCAUUCAGAUGAAGAGAGUUUUGCAACCAUUGUAAUAUCUGGAAAUGGAGGAAUUCAGUUGUCUAGAGGGAAACAUAAAGACAGUGAAAUGCUGGCAGAACAGAACCUACAGACCUACUGUGAUUUUCCUGAUAUCAUUGAUGUCAGUAUUAAGCAAGCAAGCCAGGAAGGUUCCAGUGAGAGCAGAAUUGUUACCAUUCACAAGCAGGACUCAAAUAAUCUGGAAGCAGAAUUUCAUUCAUUAAGAGACGCUCUUUCUUUUGUAUCGUUAAUUGAUGGCUAUUAUAGAUUAACAGCAGAUGCUCAUCAUUACCUCUGUAAAGAAGUAGCUCCUCCUUCAGUGCUUGAAAAUAUCCAGAGCAAUUGCCAUGGGCCAAUUUCUAUGGACUUCGCAAUCAAUAAACUGAAGAAGGCUGGUAAUCAGACUGGGCAUUAUGUCCUUCGCUGCAGUCCAAAAGAGUUUAAGAAAUAUUUUCUGACUUUUGCUGUGCAGCGGGACAACAUCACUGAUUACAAGCAUUGCUUAAUAACCAAAAGUGAAAAUGGAGAGUAUAAUCUCACUGGCACAAGAAGAAGCUUUACAAAUCUCCCAGAUUUGUUGAAUUGUUACCGCACAGAAACUGUACGAUCAGACAGCAUAAUUUUCCAGUUUACCAGAUGCUGUCCACCAAAGCCAAAAGAUAAAUCCAACCUCCUAGUUGUCAGAAGCAAUGGAGUGUCUGAUAUACCAACAUCGCCUACCUUGCAGAGGCACAAUAACAUCAACCAAAUGGUCUUUCACAAAAUCUCCAAUGAAGACUUGAUAUUUAAUGAAAGCCUUGGGCAGGGUACGUUUACUAAGAUUUUCAAAGGUGUGAGGAAAGAAGCGGGAGACUAUGGCAAGGUGCAUGAAACUGAAGUCCUACUGAAAGUUCUGGAUAAAGUUCACAGGAACUACUGUGAGUCUUUCUUUGAGGCAGCAAGCAUGAUGAGUCAGCUGUCUUACAAGCACUUGGUAUUAAAUUAUGGCGUUUGCGUCUUUGGAGAGGAAAAUAUUCUUGUACAGGAGUUUGUAAAGUUUGGAUCGUUGGACACUUAUUUGAAAAAGAAUAAAUAUUCUAUAAACAUUUUGUGGAAACUGGAAGUUGCCAAGCAGCUAGCAAUGGCCAUGCAUUUUCUGGAAGAUAAAAGCCUUGUUCAUGGGAAUGUAUGUGCAAAAAAUAUUUUGCUUAUCAGAGAAGAAGAUAGGAAGUCGGGGAACCUUCCUUUUAUCAAGCUUAGUGAUCCCGGAAUCAGCAUUACAGUGUUGCCCAAAGACAUUCUUCUUGAGAGGAUACCCUGGGUUCCACCCGAAUGCAUAGAAAAUCCCAAGCAGUUGAGUUUGGCGACAGAUAAAUGGAGUUUUGGGACCACUCUGUGGGAAAUCUGCAGUGGGGGAGACAAGCCUCUCAGUGCACUGGAUUCUCAGAGAGUAAGAAAACUACAGUUUUAUGAAGAUAGGCACCAGCUUCCUGCUCCAAACUGGACAGAACUGGCCAAUCUAAUAAAUAAUUGCAUGGAUUAUGAACCAGACUUUAGGCCUUCAUUCAGAGCAAUUAUACGUGAUCUUAACAGUUUGUUCACUCCAGAUUAUGAACUAUUGACAGAAAAUGACAUGUUGCCAAAUUUGAGAACUGGUGCAUUUGGAUUUUCUGGGGCUUUUGCAAGCAGAGAUCCGACACAUUUUGAAGAGAGACACCUCAAGUUCUUACAGCAGCUUGGCAAGGGGAAUUUUGGCAGUGUGGAGAUGUGCCGAUACGAUCCACUUCAGGACAAUACUGGGGAGGUAGUGGCUGUUAAAAAGCUGCAGCACAGCACAGAAGAACAUCUGCGGGACUUUGAAAGAGAAAUUGAAAUUCUCAAAUCCCUGCAACAUGACAACAUUGUCAAGUACAAAGGAGUCUGCUAUAGUGCUGGUCGAAGAAACCUGAAGUUGAUAAUGGAAUAUUUACCCUAUGGAAGUUUACGUGACUACAUCCAGAAACAUAGAGACAGACUGGAUCAUAAGAAACUCCUGCAGUACGCCUCACAGAUAUGCAAGGGGAUGGAGUAUCUGGGCACAAAAAGGUACGUCCACAGAGAUCUCGCAACACGGAAUAUCUUAGUGGAGAAUGAGAGCAGAGUUAAAAUUGGAGAUUUUGGCUUGACAAAAGUUUUGCCUCAGGACAAAGAGUACUACAAAGUUAAGGAGCCAGGCGAGAGCCCUAUAUUUUGGUAUGCUCCAGAAUCACUGACAGACAACAAGUUUUCUGUGGCCUCAGAUAUGUGGAGCUUCGGUGUAGUUCUAUAUGAACUCUUCACAUACAUAGACAAGAACAAAAGCCCUCCAGCGGAGUUCAUGCGCAUGAUUGGCAAUGAUAAGCAAAACCAGAUGAUCGUGUUCCAUUUGAUAGAGCUUUUGAAAAAUAAUGCACGGUUGCCAAGACCUGAGGGGUGCCCUGAUGAGGCUUAUGCCAUCAUGACAGAAUGCUGGAAUAAUAAUGUGAGCCUGCGACCCUCCUUUAGGGACCUUGGUCUGCGAGUGGAUCUCAUAAGGGAGAGCAUGGGCGGAUGAGACUGCUGGAAUUCAUCUAGAGAGACACACUGGCAUAGAGAACAAAUGUGUUCUGGGUUCUUUGGAUGGCUGCAGAUGAUUGACUUCCUGUGCACUGUCAUGUGCAUUCAUUUCUUCUGAGGACAGAGACUGUCGGGAAUCAUCACAUCCAAACUUGCAAAUGAUGUGGACAAAUUCUGCUUGUUUCUUCAUUAAGAAUACUAAAAUGACACACCAAUGGAAAGGACGUUGGCUGUCUGAAAAGCAAAAUAGCAUAAUAUAUGGUCAGUCUGCAAUCACCAUGGUUUGCCUUCUAGGGUCAUAGAUCAAUUCUGCCAAAAAAAAAGAAGAAGUCAAGCAGAGAAGGUAAUGGAAGGAUAAGAAAACUAAAUGUAGAGACUGAGGAUUUGUCUACAUAAUGGCUGCCUUGGGUGGCUGCUCAAAUGAAGGUGACAUUAUAAGCAUCUGACUCGUCGUACUUCGUUGUGUUGGAAACAUCUUGGGUCCAGUUUGACAGCACCGCUAAAAGUGUCUGUGUUAAGUUGCUUCCUUUUAAGAAGGGCAAAUAUUCGCACUUAAGACAACAUACCGAACUGUAUGGAAAUAUAGAGAUUCAGAGUCACCCUGUACUACACACUGUUGCUGUUUGUGGAGUCUGUCUUGAUUUCCCCUUGUCUGUUUUCCUACCAUAAAAGGUGGCUGCUUCCCAGACAAAGCUACUUUUCAUCUAAUUGACAGAUAACACAAUUGAUUUUGCCUAAAUAUACAUUUCUCUGGAUAAUUAGUGGCUAUGCAGUUAUCUAGAGUUUGAAGAAUUUUUUUUGAACAUACAGUUGAAGUGUGUGGCAGAAAAGCACAAUCCCUACCAAUCUAUGGUGACAAGAGAAGGAAGCCGCUUGACUGAGCAUGAGGUUGGCCUGCAGGUCACGGAAGAGGCCACUCCUGGUGCCGACAAGAGGAUUUGCUGGAGCCUUGCAGCCAUUCAGAAUAGAGUGUCAGAUGCGAGAUGUGUAGGUCUGUUCUCUGCAAACUGACAGCAGAAAAAAAGAAAACCCAGGAGGCAUCAUAAAUGUUUUCCUCGCUGAACAAAGAGAGGCUUGGCAUUCUUAUCAUGCACUGCACAAGGGCUUGUGUUUUAUGAAUGGGGUUAUAUAGUUUUUUAAAAUGUCCAAGCCAUAAUGGCUUCUCUGUAGAACAAGUCAAAUGUAUAUUUUUGGAUAGUUUACAAAGCAAUUUUCUAUGUGCCUGUCUGAGUCAAUCACUGGCCAGCAAUGUAAACAGAGAUAAAGAUUAAGGCAGAGUGAUGUACUGUAUAUAUUUUUAAGGAAAGGGAUCAAAUUAUAUAUUUUUCCAAAAAAAAAAAAACCAACUGCUGAAAAUUUCAUUUUUAAAUGAACAAGUAUAUAAUCAUCUAUUUUCUUAUAUUUAUGUUGUGGAUGUGUUACGUUCUCUCUGUCUGUCUCCUAAAGCUAAACAAAUUUGCAAGCAUUUUGCAGCUUAAACUUUUCCACAUUGGCAAAAUUUUCCUUGCCAGUCUUAUAAAAUAUUUCAGGUUUGCUUUUUCCAUAUUUGCAGGGUGAGUUAUUCAAACAGAAACAGAAAUUAUUAUUCUAAUGUAGCUAAGAACCAAGAGGGCCCAAGAGAGUACAUUUAGGCUUGAACAUUGGCUUUGUGUAGCAGCAGCCAUGUGAUUCUGUUUGCUUAAUUUUUUGGAGUAAUUUGUCAAAUAAACUGAAGUUUAGUGCAGUUCCACCAGACCCAGGCUUUGUGAUGCAGAUAAUUUUUUUUCAAGGAAAGGUACAGAGUAGCUAGUAGUAGUACCCUUGGCUGUUCAUUUGCGGCUGGAAGUUUCCAAGCUGUCCCUAAAAUUCAGUGGAAAUGGAUUAUGCUGUAUAAUUUGCCUUAUUACACUGCUUAUCCAAUCAGGUGUACUUUAGAGGCAUAGCUGUCCUUUUAAGCAAAUUUGUAUUCAAGUGUAAUUCUUACUUGAUCCAAAGAGAGAGUUGGCGGAACAGGACAACUGACACAAGCAUUUGUGAAACAUUCCAAACUUCACAAAUGCGUGAACCGGUUGCCUUGAUGGCACUAUGCCAUAAAUCUCAUAGUCUAUGUGUGUAUUUCAAACAAAGAGGGUAUGUGUAGUGAUGUAUAGGAUGAAAAAGUACCACAAAAAAGUUGCAAAUAUUUAUCUGGUGAGCAUCAUCAUUCGACUGUGCUGUGUAGUAGACUCCAGUGAAUGUGUUAGAACCAGCACUAGAACUGGCCUGUGGCUUUAAUGCAUACAUUAAGUUCUACUUCCAUCCUUACAGGAAUUACCUUGGUCUCCCUUACAAAUAGAAGUAUACUUCAUCUGAAAAUGUUUGUAAAGGGAAGUGGGAAAUGCCUAGCUGGAAAGGGAUCACACAGUCGGUCUUGUAUGCUGUAUUCACACAACACUUUUGUUGAUGUUUAAGAGUAGGGAGUUAUGCCAAGCAGCUGGAUUGGGAAGAGGACAGAAGCCAGGGUCAAAAUUGAACAUGGCUGCAUUCUAGAUUUUCAGAUAGCAUUUUAAGAGGCAAGGAAAGCAAUAUAAGGUAUCAAGACAAACAAAUGUAGCAGUAUGACACUAAUGGGAUGCAUCUAUCUUAUAAAGGAUUUUUAUGUUCUGUGUAAAGAAAAAAACUCAGGGAAGUUUUUGAAAUACAAUGUAGAGAUCUUCCAUAGUACUGUUUUCCCCCUAUGUAAAUAAAAGCCUUUGCUUGUUCUAGUAAAACUUGUCAAUUUUCUUCAGUUGAAUGCCAAUUUACAAGAAGAUAGACUUCUGAAGUUUUGUAUUUUAGAGACCCCCCACCUUUAUAUCUUUUCCAGUUUUUCAGGAAGUUGUGUUUUGUAUAUUGCAAUUGAUAUUUUCAUUAGGCUGGGACUAAGUAGCUCAUAGUUUAAAUGGAAAUUUGGAUUCCAGUUAGGAUAAAAAUUUAAAACAUUCAGUGGAAGAACAAUACUUCUGUCUUCAUUAUUUAAACUCAGUGCCCCCCCCCCCCCAAAUUCCCUGCCCCUGAAUUGGGACACCUGCAGAUAUAAUUCCUUUAACUCAGUAUAUGUUAAAAUGCAGCUACUUUUGGUUUUUAAAGACAUGGUCAAAAGGUAGUCGUGGACUAUUUGAAAUUUGUAAAGGAAUUGAUAUCCUCAUGCUUGUGCCUAACAUGUUUCUGCAUGAUUGUGGAGACUUUCCUAAAUUUUACUUCCAGUUGCAGUAUUGGACUCUGCCUAGUGGUUCCCCUAACCUUGAAGAAAAGCUCUUAGAGUAAUACAGAGGCUGUGGAAUGUGUGUGUGGAAGGAAGGAAGGAAGGAAGGAAGGAAGGAAGGAAGGAAGGAAGGAA